AUGAAGCUUCUCCCGGCCGUCCUCGGCCUCGCCCUCCUCCUCCUCGUCCUGAAUCCCAAUGGCGUGGAGGCCCGGCCUGCGCCUACCGGCGGUCAUGAGAAGAAGCUGUCGAGCGCCACCUUUUUGUCUUCGGGGAUGACUUCGCUGCCAACGGGAACCUCCCUCCGACCGAACCCGUCACUGAGAUGUCGCGGCAAUGGGCUUACCCCUACGGCUCCAACUACGUCGAUGCCGAUGGGUUUCCGCGGCCGAAUACCCCGUCCGGCCGCUUCUCAAACUACAAGAUCCAGCCCGAUUUCAUCGCAACAAUGUUGGGGUUGGAGGAAGCCCCUCCAGCACAUGCCCGUACAGCGGAGAAAACCUGCGACCCGUCCGAUUAAUGCUUAUAUUGGGAAAGUGACAAAAGAGAUGGCUGCUAAUGUGGAGCAAUUGUUGAAGCUCGGGGUGACAAAGGUUCUUGUCAACAACUUGCAUCCUGUCGGUUGCACGCCAUCACAAACCCGAACUAACAACUACACUACGUGCAAUAUUUUUGAGAACUUGGGUGCUUCCAUCCAUAACAAUAACCUGAAACAAGUUAUGACAGCAAAGAAGAAUGUCCACAUCGUCGAUCUGUACACCACAUUCAUUAAUAUUGUGGAUCAUGUGCCAGGUAAAGGCUCAGAGCUAUCGAAGGAAUUCAAGCGCAAACUAUCGCCGUGUUGCAAGAGUUUAGAUUCGAAGGGUUACUGUGGACAGCAAGGCGAGUUGUCCAUAGAGCUUCUUUACACCAUGUGCGGCAAGUCCAAUAAAUUUUUCUAUUGGGACGACAUGCACCCGACACACGCGGGAUGGGGGGCUGUCAUGAAACAAUUGGAAAAGCCUUUGAGGGAAUUUUUAGAUCAAGACUAG